UUUAUGAACAUUCACACAUCAUACAAAAGAGAGUUUUCCCAGAAGUUUUAACUUCUAUCGGUGAUACAAACAAUCAUAGUAACGUACAACCACCAAUUACAUCAACCAUCUCUAGUGUUAACAAUAUUACUGAAAACGGGAUCGAUCAAAACAUAGACAAUAAGAAACCUCUUCCUCCUCCACCUAAAGAAGUGAAAACUAUAAGGAAUUUUGGUGAAAAUGGCACUGGAAUUUGGUGGAACAUUACAACCACUACAGUCAAACCGCAAAUAUCGAUGACGUCGAAAAUCACUGAAGCGCCAAUAAAAACUCCUCCAGAGAAAACUAACAUUGAUGUGGUUGAUCAUGAUCAUUUUCUAAAAGGAAAUUUCUCUAUAACUGACAAAGAUGAUUUAUUAUUUCCUGAUGAUACCAUCAGCUACAACGACACCUUUCUUAACAAGCACAACAUUACCAGUACUAAAACUGAUACUCAUAUUUACUACAAUAGUGCACUUACAGUGGGUGAAGAAUAUGCGAGACAAUAUUGGGUGGACAUGACCAACAGAAGUGAUGUGAAAGUACAUCAGCUUCUAUCUAACUCAUAUAGAAGAGCAUCGACUAUAAGGUUGUCCUUUGAAUUCCCAUAUUACGGUCAUCCUGUAAGGAAUAUCACGAUAGCAACAGGUGGUUUUCUAUAUACUGGUGUAGAUAUACACUCAUGGUUGGCUGCUACUCAAUAUGUGGCUCCUUUGAUGGCUAAUUUCGACACAAGUGUACACAAUGACAGUCACGUUAAAUACUUAGAUAAUGGUACGGCAUUAACUGUAGAAUGGGAAAAAGUGUAUUUACAAGACAAUACUGAAGGAGGACAAUUCACUUUCCAAGUAACUCUUGUGAACAAUGGAGACAUUAUAUUUGUAUAUAAAAACGUUCCUUUAUUGGUAGAAAAUAUUCGCGAUGAGAAACAUCCAGUUAAAGUUGGUAUCAGUGAUGCUUAUGUGCGAGAUAGAACGCUAUUCAUGGUUCGACGGAAAACUAUUUAUGAAUACCACAAGGUCAGUUUUAAAAAAGAAGAUAUCAAGAACUGGACCGUAAUUCACUUAACUGCCUUACCUACUUGCCCUACAAGCAAAGACUGCGUAAGCUGCUUAUCGGAAAGCCUAGCAAGUUUUAAGUGCUCUUGGUGCCCCAAAAUGAACAAAUGUUCGAACGGUUAUGACAGAAGUAGGCAGACAUGGUUAACUAUGGGAUGCGACAAGGUUCAAAUCGUCAACGAGUCUCUCUGUCAAUCAGGUAGUAGCAGUAGUGCUGCUGAAGUUUACGAAGACACACUACACGACCGAGACGUCUCCUUCGUACACGCCUCCCGGAGUGAAGCCUUGGAUGGUUCGGUAAACAUCGGUCUCUCCGGCAUCAUGACGAUCAUUUGCAUGAUAGCGUUCUCCGGUGGUCUAGGAGUUUGGAUUCUUUAUGCUUAUCGUAACCCACACACAACUAGCGGACAAAUGCUUAUCAGGUAUCGUCCUAGUCAAUGGCGGUGGAGAAGGGGGGAAGCUCGAUACACAGCAGCUACAAUCCAUAUGUAACAAACCAGCAAUUGAAGUGUGCCUUUUUUAUUGAAAUUGUAGGUACUGUUAGUCACAUUAAAAUUUGUGUUAAAAAACAUUGCAAACCGGUAUAGUGUAGAAAGAGAUUUUUUCUGAACCAAACCAAUUGUCUUAAGAUCUGCUCUAUUUAUAUUUUAUGAGAAAAUGGUUUGCAUAAAGUAUCUCUCUUCUAUUCGCAUAAUGAAAAGCAUUUUUAGGGUACGUAUUAAUGCAGACUGAAUUCAGACACUUAUUGGAAUUUACAAUCUCAUCGUAAAUUUUAAUAUUAAAACGAUAUCAUAUUGGAACUGUGAUAUCAACUGUUUUGAAUUAAAAAUUGAUUUUUGAUAUCAACUGUUAUGGAUUAAAAAUU